AUGCGUGCCGAUCAUCUCGCACGCCUGCGCCAGGACACUGUCGACAUGUUCUAUCACGGCUUCAGCAACUACAUGAAACAUGCCUUUCCUGAAGAUGAGCUGCGCCCUCUAACUUGCGGCGCCUUGACUCGAGAUCGCAAUGAUGCGACCCGGAUAGAGCUUAAUGAUGCCCUGGGAAACUAUUCCCUCACUUUGAUUGACAGCUUGUCCACGCUGGCCGUUUUGGCUGGCGGACCCCAGGAUGGGUCUUACACGGGACCAAAAGCACUAAGCGACUUCCAAGAUGGAAUAGCCCAGUUCGUCCUCCACUAUGGCGACGGCAGGCGCGGUCCGUCCGGCGCCGGGACGCGGGCUAGGGGUUUCGAUCUCGACAGCAAGGUCCAGGUUUUUGAAACAGUUAUUAGGGGCCUGGGCGGCCUGCUGAGCGCCCACUUGUUCGCUGUCGGGGAACUGCCCAUCACGGGGUACCAUCCUCAGCCUCUGGCCGCUGGUGUCGAGAGCGACGACCCUCUGGAACUUCCGCCGAUCGCGUGGCCAAACGGCUUCAAGUACGACGGUCAGCUUCUCAGGCUUGCUCUCGACCUCGCAGAGAGACUUCUCCCGGCCUUCUACAGCAGGACCGGGAUUCCCUAUCCGCGGGUAAAUCUACGGACCGGCAUUCCCUUCUACACCAACUCGCCUCUGCACCGAGAUUCUGCUGCACCCGGUGGGCAAGACGAACGGGCUGAAAUCACGGAAACUUGUAGUGCUGGCGCCGGGAGUCUCACCCUCGAGUUUACCGUCCUCAGCCGGCUGAGCGGCGACCCGAGAUUCGAGCACGCCGCCAAAAGGGCCUUUUGGGAGGUCUGGCGCCGGAGGAGCGAGAUCGGGCUGAUUGGCAACGGCAUCGACGCUGAGCGAGGCUUUUGGAUCGGGCCUCACUCCGGCAUUGGCGCCGGCAUGGACAGCUUUUUCGAAUACGCCUUCAAGAGCCACGUCCUCCUGUCCGGACAGGAAGCGCCAAACGCGGCGAGGUCGCCCAACCGAAGCACCAGCACGAGCUGGCUGGACCCCAACUCCCUCCACGACCCCCUGCCGCCCGAGAUGCACUCGUCGGAUGCGUUUCUGCAGGCGUGGCACGAAGCCCACGCGUCGGUGAAGCGCCACAUCUACACCAACAGAAGCCACUUUCCCUACUACUCCAACUCGCACCGCGCCACGGGCCAGCCGUACACCAUGUGGAUCGACAGCCUGGGCGCCUUUUACCCGGGCCUGCUCGCUCUCGCGGGCGAGGUGGAGGAAGCCAUCGAGGCCAACCUCGUGUACACGGCCCUGUGGACGCGAUACUCUGCGCUGCCCGAGAGAUGGUCCAUUCGAGAAAACAACGUCGAGCCAGGCAUUGGCUGGUGGCCGGGCCGGCCCGAGUUUAUCGAGUCGACGUACCACAUUUACAGGGCGACCGGCGAUCCUUGGUAUCUCCACGUCGGCGAGAUGGUGCUCAAGGACAUCAGGCGCCGCUGCUACGCCCCGUGCGGCUGGGCGGGCUUGCAAGACGUCCGCACCGGGGAAAAGCAAAAUCGCAUGGAGAGCUUCUUCCUGGGCGAGACGACCAAGUACAUGUAUCUCUUGUUCGACCCGGACCAUGCCCUAAACAGCCUCGACGCACCAUACGUCUUUACAACCGAAGGGCACCCUCUGGUCAUACCCAGGAAGAAGGGAAAGGGGGCACGCCAGGCACGCCAGUCGGCCAAGAUGGGCCAAGCCGCUCGCGACAAGGGCGUCUCCGUCACGUACCGCAAGGAGGACUUCACAAACACAUGCCCAGCACCAGCGCCCGUGGAGGAACCCCUGACGGGGUCUUCCACAGCCGCCAGGAGGGACUUGUUUGCAGUGUCGCGAUUCACCAACCUCUACAACACGCCCAACAACCACGGCCCGAUGCAGCAGGUCCUCGUCCACGACAACAAGAAGGGUCUCGUGACCAAGUACCGCGCCGCUUCGAACCACAGCAUCUUCCCCUGGACGCUGCCGCCGACCAUGCUGCCCCCCAACGGCACCUGCGCGGCGCCCUUCCGACGCGUCAUUUCCGCCAUCGAGUUCCCCGCCGGCGACGCCGAGAGCUCGCUGCUGUCUCGGCUCGGCGCCUCGCUCGAGUGGUACACCUACCUCGGGCCGACGGUCAAGAACCUCGAGGGCCUGAGGCUGCAGCUGGAACAGGAGUUUAGCAGCGAGCACGGCGAGUACGUGUGGAAGAUUACGCACGUCGGGAACACGCAGCUCGGUCGGCAGGAGACGGUCUUUUUCCACGCCGAGCACGUGCGCCAUUUCCGGGACGAGGUCUUUACGGCCAUGCGACGCAAGGACGCUGUGGACAUCCAGGUGCUGGUCAACGUGACGCCGCCGUCGCCGCCGCCGCCGCCGCCGCCGGCGCCACCAGCGCCACCACCGACAAACUUGUCCACGUUGCUCGCGUUGCGUCCCCCGGAGCACCCGUCGGCGCCUCCACACCUCGGAUCAGGCCUGCCCAACAACAUGUUGCAGGGUCAGGACCGGGACCGGGACCAGGACAGCAACCUCCCUCCAUCCGAGUCUCUUUUCAGAAACCUCCUCCGAGCAGUCACGUCCGUGUUCGACCCGUCCGAAACCGAAUCCCCGGGGACCGAAGACGAGAACGCCCCGCGCACCGCCCUGCACACCUGGGAGGCGCUCGCGAGCGUCGGCCCCGGCGCCUACCCGCUGCCAGCCGUCGCGGACACCUGCCUCCCCGGCGGCCCGGCCUACAACUCCCGCGACCCCGUCAGCAACUUCCCCUGGAGGUCCGUCUACCUCGCCGACCGGGGCUGCGACUCCCCGCUUCCCGAGUCCGCCCCCAAGGAGCACCAGGUCAUCGUCUUCCGCCGAGGCGGGUGCUCCUUCAGCCACAAGAUCAAAAACGUCCCCGCCUUUUUCCCCGACAGGAACUCGCUGCAGCUCGUCCUGGUGCUGGACGAGGCCGACGACGGCGACGGCGACGGCGACGACGACGCCGCCGACCACAACGGCCGGCAGCUUCCCCGGCCGCUGCUGGAAACGGAGCAGCUUACGCCCAAGGGAAUGAAGAGGCUGCAUGGCGUGCCGCUGGUGCUGCUGCGAGUCGGCAAGGGCGGGUACGGCCUUUUCGAAAACGCGCUGGCUGUGGGCAUGAGAAGGAAAUACACCAUGCAUAGCCAAGGGCUCAUCAUUGACAACGCCCUUGUCUUGUAG